CGUUACGUUGCAUCCGCCGCCGUCCGCUGUUCACGAACUAUUCGACACGUUUCCUGUUUCUAAAAUUUUGAUCCGAACGUAAAAAUUUUUGCAAACUAUUUUUUUUUCUUCUUCUACGAAAAUAAUGAAGUCCAUCUGAGAGAGUAGACAAGUAGCAGCAUUAUCAUGGCAUGUCCCUUCAGAAGAUCCUCUUCACACGUGGUGCCUAAUGGUGCGCUCAAAAGGUCCUUAGCGACUCGGCAGAGCUCCAUUCAGAUUCCCAGCCAUGAUGAUCUCGACGAGGAAGAUAAGAACACCCUCAACUUGAAGAACUUAAGCUCCGCUAUAUUAAUUUUAACAUCACCUCCGAACGAAGCCCUGGAGGCUGCUCUCGCAUCCUUGCUGGAAAUUGAGAACGACGAAGACCUAAACAAAUGCUUAUCUGAAUUGCCCAGAGACGUUGCGACUUGCACUCAUUACGCAUACUUGGAUGAUAUUUACGAUUUCAUUCGGAAAAGCGGAUUUGAUGUGAUUGGGUUCUUCGAGAAACUCGGUGGACAAUUGAUAAGAACCUGCGGGGAUAAGUUAGAAAGGGCUUUCGGUUGUUUAGGUGGAGACUUGAGGGAGUUUCUGGCUACGCUGGAUGGGGUCCACGAUGUUCUGCAGCAUCAGGACGAAGAAGAAGCCGAGGACGAAGGAGAAGCUGCCUUUGUUUGCACUAGUAGCAAUGCGAAACUACAGUUGGAAUUCACUACCGAGCGACCAGCUGUUGCUUACUUGCUAGUUGGGAGCUUGAAAGCUCUGGCCUCAACUCUCUACGAUACGCAAAUUGAUGUUUCCGUCAGGCAAAGUUGCGACGACGUCAGACAUUUCACUUAUAAAAUAGUUCCCCGAAUGAGUGGGAUCGCUGAGAACGUGAAGACACUCGAGCUGACAUCGUGCGAUCUUCAAAUGGGCGUCACGACUUUUUGUAAGGCCUUCCCUUGGCAUUUCGUGAUGGAUCGCAGACUGGAACUGGUGCAGCUUGGAUCAGGCUUCAUGAGGCUCUUCGCAUGCAGACUGAAGACGCGUGGCACUGCCAUCGCGGCAUACUUCGAAUUCCAUCGCCCGAAGAACAUAAAUCUGUCCUUCAGCGAGAUCGUUAAAAGGGCCAACACGCCUUUCAUUCUAGCCAUCCGCAAACUACCCGAGGCCAAUCCGCUGCUAGGCGAAGGUUUGCAAUUGAAAGGACAAAUGGUCUACUGUCCUGAAUCUGAUUCCAUCCUCUUCAUUGGAUCGCCGUUCCUCGACGGAUUGGACGGUCUCACCGGUAGCGGCCUCUUCAUUUCCGAUAUUCCACUGCACGACGCAACUAGAGAUGUUAUCCUCGUGGGAGAGCAAGCCCGAGCACAGGACGGUCUGCGUAGAAGAAUGGAUAAAUUGAAAAGCUCCAUUGAAGAAGGGAACCGGGCCGUGGACAAAGAAAGGGAGAAAAACGUCAGUCUGCUUCAUUUGAUUUUCCCCCCAGAUAUAGCGAAACGGCUAUGGCUAGGGGAAACCAUCGAGGCUAAGACACACGAAGACGUCACUAUGCUAUUCAGCGACAUCGUCGGUUUCACUUCCAUUUGUUCCACUGCGACGCCGAUGAUGGUGAUCAAUAUGCUGCAGAAUCUCUACAAUCAAUUCGACAUAUAUUGUGGGCAGCUCGACGUGUACAAGGUGGAAACUAUCGGUGAUGCAUACUGUGUGGCUGGAGGGUUACACAAGGAAAGUAGUACACAUGCACAGCAGAUCGCUUGGAUGGCUUUGAAGAUGAUCGAUACGUGUCGUUUACAUCAAACGCACCAAGGACAACCUAUAAGGAUGCGUAUCGGUCUACAUACUGGAACAGUUCUUGCUGGAAUCGUCGGUGUAAAGAUGCCUAGGUAUUGCAUGUUCGGACACAACGUGACGAUCGCUAAUAAAUUUGAAUCUGGCAGUGAACCACUUAAAAUAAACGUCAGCCCCACGACGUACAUACGACUCGUGGAAUCCAGCGGAUUCACCUUCGAUGCCAGAGAUAGAGAUUGCCUGCCGAAGGAUUUUCCCCCAAAUAUCCCAGGUACUUGUUACUUCCUCACAGGAUAUCAGCAUCCUGAAGUAGAUGAGAGCAGCCCCCUCACGGAUCACGUCGACGCAGGCCGCAAAGCCAUCGGACUAGAUUUAUCUUAAUGAAGACUGCACUGGACUAACUUUAGUUUCACAAUAAUAAUUUCCACAAGCAAUAUUUUGAUUUCAAUUGUCUUUGCAAUAAAUCCACGUACGUUUAGAAGUGGAUGAUGAAAAGAGUCCGGAUCGGAGGAUAAUUAGUGUGGGUCGCCCGCAUAUUACCCCGGGCCUUGAUGGUACGUCAAGAGUCCUGACAGGAUUAAUCCAAUCCCCUUUCGUUUAAACUGAACGCGUCUCACUCGGAUCAAUCUUUGCACUGGGCCCAACCUAUAUAUAUAUAUAUAAAUAGAAAGAGAGAAAACGGGAUUUUUCUUCUGCUCUUUCGAUUAAUUACCGUGGCUAAUAUUCCGUAAAACUUUCCCAAUUUGCACGACCCAAAUAGAAAAAGCUCCCGCAUUAAUUCCUCCUCCGACAGACUUCAAACUAUUGUUACAUCACUACUGUACAUUGUAGUGUCAUCAAGUCAUAUCAUACAAGUUGUGUACAUACCACGCGUAUAACAAACAUCUGUUUCAAGUAUCAUAUGUAAUAAGCUUUACGCUCUUAGUACUAUUUACGGUAUUGGAUUUUCAAGGAAAACCAAUUUACGAUUGUCGCAAAACUUAUUUGUUUGUUUUUUCCGGUUUCUCGAAAUCACUCCCUCGUCUUAUUUGCUCGGUAAAUUUAAAUGAAAAUCUCAUCUUGUGGGGGCUUGUUCGUGCAUCGCGAGAGGAACGGAACAUCCUGAAGUGUCAGGAAUCAUUUCUGUUGUAUUCUCUGAUUGAAAAUCUGGGAAUAUGACGGAGCACAAAACGAUUCGUCCGACGGGUGGCAAAUGAAGUUUUUAAUUAAUACAGAUGGUAGGUCACAAUUGAACAGAAUCUGUAUGAAUAAUGGAACUGUUUAAUACUGUUCUUUGGAAACUUUCCCAGAAGAAUGUUCGCCUGUAAUUACAAAACGAAGAAACAAAGUUUACACUGUUCAUUAUGAAAACUAAUUUCAUUUAAUUAUUCUGCGGCCACGGACGGAUUUUCUUUGCCAUUUCGUUCACAACGUAACGAAAGCAACUCGCAAAACCAAAUGGUUUCUUUGACCACUAACUAUGUAGCAGUUACUACAUAUUACAAUUACUUAAUUAUUAUAUAACUAAUGGAAUAAUUAUUUAAUAUGCUUAUUUAUACAGUAAACUGACUUGAUAA